UCCCCAGCUUGUGGUCUCUGCACCCUGGGAGCACUGCCUGAACAUCAAGGAGACGAGGACCUGCUGCAAAUGGCACUCCCGGCCACGCUGCGAGGCAGGAUGCUGCUCACCUUCCUGGUGGUCCUUGGGGCACCAACGAGAGCCCAGAAGGGACCAAGCCGUGAGUGGCUCCCGCCAGCCCCCCGAGCUGUGGAUGGAGAGAAGCUGAUGAGACAGGAAACUGCCAGCGAUAACAAGAUGCUGCCAGGUCUCUCCAAAAUGAGGAGGGGUGACAAUGGCUCUGGGGCAGGGUCUCAUCUGGACAAAGCUGCCCUGCCACUGCUAGCAGGAUCAGAAAGACAAGCACUGCCCUGGCUGAUGAGCCCAGCCACCAAAAGAGCUGCUCCCAGGAAAAAGGGGAGGAAGGUGUCCCUGUCACUCGAUGUCCACACUCACUUACUGAAAAUCCUGCUCGACCUGGCCAGAGAGAAGGAACUGCAGGCCAAGGCAGCUGCCAAUGCCGAGCUGAUGGCCCGCCUCGGGCGCAGGAGAUAAACUCCUGGCUGGGAUAUAGCAGGGCUGGAGAGGGCAGCAGGGCUGCCUGGGGCACAGGCAGAGGGAAGCGUGGAGUGGCAUUAGUGUGUCUGCAAGGGACUGUGGCCAGGGCAUCUCAUCCCCCCAGUCCCAGUGCCCAUGACACAAGCAGCAGCCAUAGGAGGAUUUGGUUUAAUAACUAUCACCUCUGCAACACUGGAGAAGAUACAGCUGGGCUUACCUUGCCCAGUGCUUGAGCACAGCUGGUCCCAGCCCCAGGCACUACAGGGAUUUCUAUGCUUGGCUUUGCUCCCUGCUCAUCCACCACUGAGAUGUCUCCAAAGGGGCUGCAUCCAUCUAGGCAGCUUUUCCUGGGUGCUUCUUCUCUCUGGCUGACUGAAGCACACAAAAUCCUCCACAAAGCUUGGACAAGCCUCAAAGCCAGAGUUUUG